AUGCCCUUCGACACUGAGCUGACCCGACGGUUGGGUAUCAAAGUGCCCAUCGUCCAGGGAGGCAUGCAGCACGUCGGCACAGCCGACCUUGCUUCAGCCGUCUCCAACGCCGGCGCCCUGGGCAUCAUCACCGCCCUCAUCUUCCCGACACCCGAAGAACUGCGUAAGGAGAUCCAGCGCUGCAGGACCCUCACGAACCGCCCCUUCGCCGUCAACAUCACCCUCCUCCCCGCCCUCGUGCCCCCGGACUAUGCCGCCUAUGCCCAGGUCGUCAUUGACGAGGGCGUCAAGAUCGUCGAGACGGCCGGCAACUCGCCGGGCCCCGUCAUCAAGCAGCUCAAGGCCGCCGGUGUCACCAUCCUCCACAAGUGCACUACCAUCCGCCAUGCGCAGAGCGCCGUGAAGCUGGGCGUCGACUUCCUCAGCAUCGACGGCUUCGAGUGCGCCGGCCACGUCGGCGAGUCGGACAUCACCAACUUCAUCCUGCUCUCUCGCGCGAGGCAGUCGCUCAAGGUACCCUUCAUCGCUAGCGGUGGUUUCGCCGAUGGCCAGGGCCUCGCGGCGGCGCUGUGUCUGGGCGCUUGCGGCAUCAACAUGGGCACGCGCUUCAUGUGCACGCUCGAGGCGCCGAUACACCACAAGAUUAAAGAGGAGAUCGUCAAGGCUCAAGAGACGGACACGGCGCUUCUUCUCAGAAGAUGGAGGAACACGACGCGAUUGUACCGAAACAAGGUUACCGAGGAGGCGCUCAAGGUUGAGCUGGAGAGCACCUCGGGCGAGUUCUCCGAGAUUGCGCCUCUGGUUAGUGGAAAGCGCGGGAAGGAGGUAUUCAUCACGGGUGAUCCGGACUACGGCGUCUGGACAGCUGGUCAGGUCAUUGGUUUGAUCCACGAUAUCCCUUCAGUUAAGGACCUUGUGCCCAGGAUAGAGGCGGAGGCGGAGGCGGCGUUGAAGGAAAGGCUAUCGCUUAUCAAGCCAUCGGCGAAGCUGUAG